UAAUUAACUGUUUUAUGAAAAACAGUUUCUUAAAAUAAAAAUAAAAAUAAAAAUAAAAUAAAAUAACAGGUCUGGACAAAACACAAAAGACUUAAAAGGUCAAAGUCUUCCUCCUUGGGACGGGACAUCCAAUACGACCACCACCAUCACCACCAUUGGAGACGUAAAAUAUAAUGGCAGUUUAUGCGUAUAUCCCCCACUCGAUUACCAUUACUUCCUUACAAAAAUGUCAACACCGGCAGAAUACUACAAUUCUUUGCCUCCUGUGAGCAAGACAUAUGGAGUUGCCUGUUUAAUGACCACAGCUGCCUACUAUCUGGGUCUUUACGAUGUCUGGAACAUAGCACUCUUUUAUGAGGAUGUAAUUAAACGUUUUCAGAUUUGGAGGCUAAUUUCCAAUUUCUUUUUCCUGGGGCCCUUUUCAUUUCCUUUUGCAUUUCGUCUUAUUAUCAUAGCAAGAUAUGGGGUUUCAUUGGAGAGAGGAACUUUUGACAAGAGGACUGCUGACUUUGUAUGGAUGUUCUUCUUUGGAGCAUUAUCACUUUUGGCGAUGGCUGCCAUUCCAAUGCUUUGGUCCCCUUUCAUGGGUGUUUCCUUAGUUUUUAUGAUUGUAUAUAUCUGGAGCCGCGAGUUCCCAAAUGCCCGUAUCAACAUCUAUGGUCUUGUGUCAUUGAAGGGAUUUUAUCUUCCAUGGGCAAUGUUAGCACUGGAUUUGAUUUUUGGGAAUCCAUUGAAGCCUGACAUUCUUGGUAUGGUAGCUGGACAUAUAUAUUACUUCCUCACAGUGCUUCAUCCUCUUUCUGGUGGAAAAUUCGUGUUGAAGACUCCUUUUUGGGUUCAUAAACUGGUGGCUUUCUGGGGCAAAGGUACGCAAAUAAAUUCGCCUGUGCAGCGUGAUCCGUCUGCUGGAGUUGCUUUCCGUGGAAGAAGCUUCCGCCUGAAUGGCACCAGAACCAACCCUGCAGAAGAAGCACAGGGAACCACUCCAGCACAACAGCCCAAUGAAUCUGCUGAUGGAGUCGCUUUUCGUGGAAGAAGCUACCGUCUCGGUGGCCACUAGGGACCAAAUUUUCUUCUCUAACCAGUAUUUUCUUCAUCAAAUUAUGUACGUUAUUAUCUCUAAGCAACUUAAUGCACUUGCAAAAUUUAGAACUAGAUUAGCAGCAAAAUAGAGUAUCCUAUAUCGCAUGGCCUUCGAGAACCCUAAAUCUCCGAUGAAGUACAAGUCACAGGAGGUUGUGCUCUAGGAAUUCAUUUUGGUGUUAAAUUCAAUAAAAACAAGUUCUUAAGUACUAAAUGGGUUUUCCACUGUAGAGCUUGUAAACUUGUAGCCAUGAAUGAGACACACUAUUUGAACUUUUCUUAA